AUGGAGUCCGCUAAGCAGGCCGUUAACUACGUCGCUGAGUCCGUUCAGGGCGCUAUCUCUGGUGUCUCCAAGGAGGCCAACAAGGAGGUUGCCAAGGACUCUAACGCCUCUGUCGGUACCCGUCUCACUGCCGCUAAGGAUGCUGUUGGUGAUGCCAUCAACGAGUCUGGCCACAACGCCAAGGCUGAGGUCCACAAGGAGGCUGCCCAGCACUAA